AUGUCUGAUGAUAUUAUUUGGCAACUGAUUAACAACCAGUUCUGUUCCUACAAAAUACGGACAGAUAAGAAUCAAAAUUUCUGUCGUAAUGAAUACAACGUUACUGGCCUUUGCAAUAGACGUUCAUGUCCCUUAGCUAAUUCAAAGUAUGCAACUGUUAAAAAUGUGAAUGGUAGGCUUUACCUUUACAUGAAGACAGCUGAAAGGGCACAUACUCCAGCUAAGCUUUGGGAAAGGAUCAAAUUAUCCAAAAACUAUUCAAAGGCAAUAGAGCAAAUCGAUGAACACUUAAUCUAUUGGAAUAAGUUUUUAAUAUACAAGUGUAAGCAAAGAUUGACCAGAUUGAUUCAAGUUGCCGUUACCGAAAGACGUAUGGCACUCAGAGAGGAGGAAAGACAUUACGUCGGUGUUGCUCCUAAGGUAAAGAGAAGAGAAGAGAAUAGAGAAAGAAAGGCAUUGGCUGCGGCCAAGAUUGAAAAAACCAUCGAAAAGGAACUUUUGGAUAGGUUGAAAAGUGGUGCUUAUGGUGAUAAGCCAUUGAAUGUUGAUGAAAAAAUCUGGAAAAAGGUUAUGGGCCAUAUGGAGGAUGAGAAUGAAGCUAUCAGCGACCAAGAAAUGGAAGAUGAGGAAGAAGAGAGUGAUGAAGGUGAAGUUGAAUAUGUCGAAGACGAUGGUGAUGAAGACUUGGUGGAAAUGGAAGAUUUAGAAAAAUGGCUACAAGGAUCUGGUGAUGAGCAAGAUGAGGAUGAAAGUAGCAGCAGCAGUGAUGAAUCCAGCGAUGAAGAUGAUGAAAGAGCUACAAAGAAACAAAAGAAGGCACCACUAAGAAGAAGACCAAAGGUGGAAAUUGAAUACGAACAAGAACAAGAACAAAACCCUGCUCGUCAAGAAGUGUCUCUUUGA